GCUGUCAGUGGGGCAACAUGGCGGCGACGUUACCGCUCAGAGGGUUUCAAAAGCGAAAUCUGAGCCCGGCUCGCCGAGGUUUCAGAUCCUCGCCAACGAAAACCGAGAUUUCGUACGGUGCCCUCGGCCUCUGCCUGCCCUCCAGGCUGACUUCCUAAGGCAGACCCUGCCCCAGCCCCCUGCCUUGCCGCCCCGGGACGGGGUGUCCCUGCCUGGGCACUGUUGAUAGGGGGACGGACAGUUGUCGUGGUGGCUGUCCUGUGCCUUGUAGGACGGUCAGCGGCAUCCCGGCAGCUGCUUUCCACUAGAUGCCAGCUCCAUUCCCGUCCCCUUGUGACAACCAACAAGGUCCCUAGACAUUCCCGAGUGACCCGUGGGCAGCAAAGUCGCCACCCCCUCCCCCCCGAACCUUUUAACUAGAGCAAGCCAGGCUCAGGGCCUGUGUCACUGUCACAUGCCUGGCUUCCUGUUUUCCUUCAUCCCUCAAGUGUUGACUCCUUGUAACGAGCAUUUCUUGACCAGCCCAUCGAAAGUAACCCCACCACCAUCCCAUUGCCCUGUUUUAAAACGUUUUUCCAAGCACCUGCCAGUGUUUUGUUUAUCUCUGUGUCUCCUCAGCUUGUACCAGGUCCCCACAAGCGUAAGGUUCAUGGUGACAGGUUCUUAGGUGUCUUGUUCCUGGCCACGCCCCCGCAACUACUGACAGAGCCUGGCACGUGGUGGGGUGGAAGAGAUGGAGCCAUUGCCUGGGAGGCAGACUUGCUGGUGGGGCGUCUGGCAGAGCCAAAGAAACACAGUAACGAGUCCACGCUGCCUCUGUCACUUUGGGGCGAUGUCAUCCCUUCUUGUGUCUCAGUUUCUUCCCCUGUGAAGUGCGAUAACAACAGACCCUGCCACCUGCUCGGGGGGAAGCUUGAUGGAGGAAGGCUGUGGCGUGCCUGGAACACUGCCAUGCACGUGGGACCAUCUGGAAGCUGCGGGUCACAUAUGUAUUCUGAAAGAUGCCUUUGACUUUGAAAGCCCAUCCGAAAUCGCAAACCUCAUCGCGGCUGAGAACGUCGAGGCCGCGCUCGCUCUUCAUCUCUACCGAGGAGGCCGACUUUUACAAGGUCAUGGAAUUCCUUUUGGGGUCAUCUUUGGUGGAACUGAUUUAAAUGAAGACGUGAACCAGGGAGAAAAAAACAAAGUGAUGGGGAAAGUCCUUGAAGAAGCCAGAUUUGCUGUCGCUUUCACAAAGUCAAUGGAGGAAAUGGCGCAAAGGCAGUGGCCGCAUGCUAAGGGUAAGAUCUAUGUCCAGAGUCAAGGAAUUGCAACAGUCCCGAACCCCGCCUUUGACUGGGAUGCCUUCCUUCAGCGCUCAGAGAUUAACCAAAGUGCUGAUAAUUUACACGUGUUUCUCCUGAUAUGCGGACUCAGACAAGUGAAAGACCCUCUCUAUGUGGUGGAUGUGUUCUCAGAAUGGCAUCAGGAAGAGCCCAACGUUUACCUGGUCAUUGUCGGCCCCGAGGUUGAUCCAGUGUUUACAAGGGAAGUAAAAGCUAAAGUAAGGAGGACCGCUGGGGUGCGCCUGAUCGGAGAGAUGCCUCAGGGGGAUCUCCACGCAGUGAUGAAGAGUUGCUUCGUGGUGGUGAACAGCUCCGUCUCUGAAGGCAUGUCAGCUGCCAUUCUGGAGGCCAUGGAUUUGGAGGUGCCGGUUUUGGCGAGGAACAUCCCUGGGAAUGCAGCCGUGGUGGAACAUGGAGUUACGGGGUUACUCUUUUCAGAGCCUCAGGAGUUUGUCCAGCUGGCAAAGAGGCUGGUGAGGGACCCUGCGCUAGAAAAAGAAAUCGUGGCCAAUGGCAGGGAGUAUGUGAGGACCCACCACUCGUGGCAGGCGGAGAGAGACACCUAUCAACGCCUCGUCAGGAUGCUGGAGGGAAGCAGCGGGCACUGAGGGGAACUGCCCGGUGCCCGUCCCCAGCCAGUCUGCGUCCACCAUCAGAUGCAUGGCCUGGGCGAAUCCCCAGAGCAGAGCUCUGGGCCAGCGGCUCCAGUCCACCACAAAUCGAGCCAGUUUCGUUGGAAUCGUAGAUCCCUCAGCUGUAAGGCAGAACCUCAUCUAAAGCACUGUGUGCUCCCAGAUAGCAUCCAGGUGUGUUUACGGGUCAGUCCUGACGGCAUGCAGAAGCUCCUGGGCUCAUCGGGGUGAGGUGGGUACCUGGUUGUAAGGAGAACUGGGGAGAGAAUUGGACUUGCUGCUCCAGGACUGUCUAUGGACAAUAGGGCCCCAUGUAAGCCAUCACAGAGCGGGCACCUCUCCCCCGUCUUCCAAAUGACCUAUAACCCAUCAUUGUUCAAAAAGCAAAAACAAAAACACACACCGACUGAAGGGAGUCCUGCCACAUUUAACAUGGUGCAGCCUCUACAGCAAAUCCGACGCCCUGACAGGCGUGCGGGGGCCCACAGGUUGCACGGGUCUGCUCUCUCCGCACGAGACACAGCGCUGCGAGUGAGGCCACGGGGCACAUCUUACCCUCCAGUUACAGGACCCAAAGAUGGUGGGAGCUCUCUGGGAAAGCAGGCAGCCACCCCUGUGGGCUCCGCCCUCCUCCCCAUCUGAUGUGAGUUGAAAACUGGCUUGGAACAAGGGUCACAUCGCCCGUAGCCUGGAAGACACUCAGUGACCCGAGACCGAGCCUGGGUCUGUGGGUUCGGUGCAGGUGUCCCUUCCCUCCCAGCAUCAGGAGCCAGGACAGGUGUCUAAUGGGUCCAAGCUUCCAGCCCAUCAUAGGACUGGCACUCGGGGCCCGUGGGAUGUUCUCCAGCACACGGUGAGUUCAGCCCAGUGUAGCCGUCACUGGAAUGACGUCCUGGCCGCACCAGCACAGCAUCCCUGAGCACAGCUUUCUCCUCCGCUGGUUGCGCUGGCCCGCGUCGGAUCCUGAAGUCGCUGCAUCCUAGAGGACCUUCUGACAGUGAGUGGGAGUGAGUUGUUCCACGGCAUCAUGUGAGGGAAGCAGUGGGCGUGGGCGGGGAGGAGAGCAGAGAGCCUCGGAGCCUGUUGGAGGAAGGGUUUGUCAGUCUGUUUAGGUGCCACAACUCUGGAGGGAGGAGGGGGGACCUCUCCCUUCUCAGGAGGGUUUGAGGGCUCCUUGCACUCUUUGCUUUCCAACCAUCGUACUCAAAAAUGUAGGCCAAACCUACAUCCUGUUUUUAAAAGAACAAACCUCAAAUUAAACUUCUAAACUCUGAUGACUUCAGGAUGACAACAGCAUGUUUAGAUUCUGUGCCACGUAACAGGACGUGUCAUUCUGCCACCUCGACCUCAGAACAGAGUCACUUUCCAGAAAGGCAGUUAACAGGGACAGCAGACGCUCCUCCCUCCCAGGAUGUGAAGUUCUGCUGAACAGGCCCUCCUUUCGUUGGUGUGUCUCAGGGGCCCUGGGUCAAGGCUCCCCUGUCUGCAGGGAGGGAGAAAUAGAGCCCCCACCCCCGGAGGAUGGCUCCGUCUGAAUCUGGAAUUAGCAAUGCCGCCCGAAGGAGGGAUCCAGUGUCAUCCCGGGUACGUCCAGUGACGCUGCUACUUACAAAAUGCUGGUUGUCUGGAAGCCGACUCUGUUCCUUGUCGGAUGAUGUAGCUGGUUGAGUCCGCUGUACCUCAACAUCAUUAAUUUAUGUCUUGAUGUAAACACGCACAUACCUAACACACUUUGGGGAAGGGCAUGUUGUUAAAUGAAUAAACUCUGUCACCAUCAGCUGUCCAAAAA